AUGAACUAUCUGUGGCAUAUAAACUUUCAAUACUCGUUCGCAAACACUCACCUUCACUAUGCCUCGCACCCACCAAAAGGUUCCGUAGAUGCCAACAACGAACGGGAUGCUACUAUAUCCUAUAUCGAUGGAAAACAGUGCCAUUUUGCGGAGGUCAAUGAAAUGAUUGUGCGCAAGCUUAAGCAAAUGGCUCACCAGGCUCCAGACUUCGGGGACAUGCCAGCCCCAGGCUAUACCAUGUUGUCAGCCGCCAUAGCGAGAAGUCUGUGUUUUAUCAAUAAGGUGAAGUCGCAUUGGAAAAUCGGUCGAGAUUUAGCGGCACGCGUCAUUGUGGUGAAUGCAUCGCCCGACUAUGCAGCGCAAUACAUGUCUGUGAUGAACUGCAUAUUCGCCGCCGUCAAGCAAAAGGUAGUCAUUGAUGCCUGCUCUCUGAAUACGCACAAGGGAACAACCUCUGGAUUUUUGCAGCAAGCCACUGAGAUUACUGGAGGCCUGCAUAUGUCCAUCAAGAUGUCCGAACCAUUACUGCAGUAUCUGAUAGUAUGAAUUGGAAUAUAUAUAUAUAUAUAUAUGUAC